GGGGGCUUGAUGAAAGGCCAACUUUUUAAAAGCCUGGCACUAUCAUAUGAAGGAAUGACACACUACCUCCAAUUCCUGUUGGCGUUUUCUCCUCCUACCACUGAGCGUUAAUAAAAAGGACCAGCAGAGCCUCAAGAGGAUUGUUUACACUUGGAUGCUGUGGAGCAACCACACCUCAUCAACAGAGAAGAUCGAGCAACACCUAAAAAACUCCAGGAAUUACAUUUGUAUAGACCUUAUUUAUUGGGUCAAUAGUUCCACUAUAAUGAUGCUGAAUGUGGACUUGUUAGUUUUAAGUUUCUGCCUUGGUCUGGGGACAGGAUAUAAGAAGAGUUCAGACAGUAUUGUGGGAAAGAGACAAUAUCAGAUCCAAAACGGCCCAUGCAGCUACACAUUUCUACUGCCCGAGCAGGAAAAUUGCCAGACGUCCAACAUCAACUACAAUAAUCAAGUUCAAAAGGAUGGUCCUCUAGACGAUGAUGAGUCAGCUCAGAGGUUGGAGCAACUGGAGAUCAUUAUGGAGAACAACACGCAGUGGCUAAUUAAGCUAGAGAGCUACAUACAGGACAGCAUGAAGCAGGACAUGAUCCAAAUCCAACAGACUGCUGUACACAAUCACACAGCUACAAUGAUUCAAAUGGGAGCAAACCUGUUAAGUCAAACUGCAGAACAAACAAGAAAGCUGACCAAUGUGGAAGCACAGGUAAUUAACCAUACAACUCGAUUGGAGCGCCAACUUCUUGAGAAUUCUUUGUCAACCAACAAGUUGGAAAAACAACUUAUUGUCCAAACCAAUGAAAUAAAUAAGUUGAAUGACAGGAACAGCUUUUUGGAGAAGAAAGUGGAAGACCUCGAGAAGCAGCGGCAAGAGGAGCUCAAGAUACUUCAGGAUGAAAAGAAGGACAUCCAGGCUCUCAUACAGAAACAGACAGCCAUCAUAGGGCAGUUGGAACAACAGUUGCUCAGAGUUUCUUCCAACAACACCAUCCUUCACCAUCAGCAACUGGAUCUACUAGAUACCAUGAACAACCUCAUUCACACAAUCUCUAUGACUACACCUCAAGAGACCAAACCUGUUAUGAUGCAGGACACUCCGAGCACAUAUACUGACUGUGCUGCUGUCUUCAAGUCAGGAAACACUGAAACUGAAGUGUAUACUCUCACAAUUCCAAACACAACACUGGAGGUUAAGGCUUUCUGUGACAUGGAGACGGAGGGAGGUGGGUGGACAGUACUACAAAAACGUUUUGAUGGCCGUGUUGACUUUCACCGUACGUGGCAAGAAUACAAAAUGGGUUUUGGAGAACCUUCAGGUGAAUUCUGGUUAGGAAACGAUUUUGUCUCCACACUGACAAAUAAACAACCAUACAAGCUAAGGAUCCACCUGAGUGAUUGGGAAGGAAACUCUGGAUACUCAGAAUACGAUCAGUUUUCUUUAGACAGUGAAGCACAAAAUUACAGGAUACACCUUAAAGGCUACAGUGGAACAGCAGGCAAAAUAAGUAGCAUUGGGCAGCCAGGAAGUGACUUCAGUACAAAGGAUGCAGACAAUGACAAAUGUGUUUGCAAGUGCUCACAACUCACAACAGGAGGUUGGUGGUUUGAUGCCUGUGGUCCUUCGAAUUUGAAUGGAAUGUAUUACCAACAUGGGCAAAACUCAAAUCGCUUCAAUGGAAUCAAAUGGUACUACUGGAAAGGCUCGGGGUACUCACUCAAGUCUACGACAAUGAUGAUCAGACCAGCAGAUUUCUCAAGUUCCCGUUGAACCAUCUCACUCGUAUUACACAAAGUGGCAAAAUACUGUCUGAUAAACUGUGGGUACCAGUGCACUUCAUGAUAACAUCUCAAACAUUAUAAUGGAAAGAGAUGUUGAGGUCAUGCUUUUAAGUUGGUGUUGAUCCUGCUUUGGUGUGUGUGUGUGUAUAUAUAUAUAUAUAU